AUAGUCGCUCUGGCAUGUUUGCUAGUCAGAGGGUUCAAGUAGCAAGUGUAGCGUGGGUGCAAGCGCAGCUGUACGGAUAGCAUUAAAAUACACCCUCCAGAGCAAACUGCUUGACUGCUGAGAUAAAAAUACACUUGUCCCGUCUGAAUUUCUACAUUAUAACAGAACGAGAGUCGAGGGACACUGAUACACGACGGGGGUCUGGAGAGACGUGUGCUAGCGUGAAGCCGCUCCAUCUAACUUUCACCCUGCCUGUGGUGGAAGGAAAGCUCUGCUGGAUCUACAAUGAUUAUUGAUAACCUCGAUGCCUUGAAAACAUGGCUGUCUGACACCCUCGAGCCCAUCUGUGAUGCAGACCCUUCUGCCCUCGCUAAGUAUGUUGUUGCUUUGGUGAAGAAGGACAAAAGCGAAAAGGAACUUAAAGCCUUGUGCUUAGACCAGUUGGAUGUAUUUCUCCAGAAAGAGACCCAGCAAUUUGUGGAUAAGCUGUUUGAAGCUAUUGGCAACAAAAGCUACCUCCCCCAGCCGGAGCAACCGACUCCUCUGAUUAAGGUUGAGAAAGAGGAACCUAAAAAAGAUGAGACUCCUCGGGAAGACGAAAGGGAAAAGAAGUUUUCACGUCGUGUGAACCACAGCCCUCCGCAGCAAAGCUCUCGCUACAGUAGAGACAGCAGGAGAGGAGAUGAUCGAAAGAGAGACGACCGCUCCAGGAAGAGGGAUUAUGAUCGCAUCCCACCGAGGAGGGACUCGUACAGAGAUCGCUACAACCGCAGGAGAGGCCGGAGCCGCAGUUACAGUCGCAGCCGCAGUCGGAGUUGGAGCAAAGACCGCGUCCGAGACCGGGACAGAGAGAGGGAUAGAGACAGAGACAGGGAUCGAGAACGCAGCAGGAGCCGGUCACACAGCAGAACUCGGUCCAGAAGCAGGAGUAGAGAGCGAGAUUCUGGGAAACUGAAGUUUGAUCAUGAACGAUUAGAGAGGCCAGAGGGCGCCGAUGGUUACGCCCCAGCAGCACUGGUCCCCACUGCGACCACAGCACACUUCCCCGUGCCAACACUGAGCAGCACCAUCACAGUCAUCGCUCCCACGCAUCACCACAGCAAUAACACCACUGAGAGCUGGUCAGACUUCCGCCCUGAUCACCCCGUGGACCGAGGCCCUUUCGGUCGUGGACCGCCCCCUCAACAGAGGAAGCGAUGCCGUGACUAUGACGAAAAGGGCUUCUGCAUGAGAGGGGACAUGUGUCCUUUUGACCAUGGGAGCGACCCAGUCGUAGUUGAGGACGUCAACCUGCCCAGUAUGCUGCCCUUCCAACCACCACCAAUGCCAGGAGUGGAUGGACCCCCACCCCCAGGCCUCCCACCACCACCUCCUCUCAUGAACCCCCCACCUGUGAAUCUGCGGCCUCCGGUGCCUCCGCCAGGCGCCCUCCCACCCAGCCUUCCUCCUGUUGCAGGUCCUCCUCCUUCUCUACCUCCGUUGCAGCCGUCAGGCAUGGACGCUCCUCCCAACUCCAUCACCAGCUCUGUUCCCACCAUCGUCACCUCUGGGAUGCGGCCCUCACUGCCCCAGGUCCCGGUGCCCCUCUUCACCACCAACAAUUAUGAGCCAGACGUGUACAACCCUGAGGCUCCCAGCAUCACAAAUACCUCCAGGCCCAUGUACCGCCACCGGGUGAACGCCCAGAGGCCCAACCUGAUCGGCCUGACGAUGGGGGAUGUCGACCAUCCACCGAGAGAAAAAAUUCCCAACAACAGCAUGAGAAUCGUUAUGGAGUCAGAUCCGAGGAAAAGACCGCAUUUGCCCCAUGAUGGAGGCCUCUCUAAGAAACCCUGGUUUGACAAACCCAACUUUAACAAACCAAACCACCAGGGCUUCCACAAAAGACCCCCGUUCUCCACCAACACCAAGCUGCUGGUGCGGCAAAUUCCAGCUGAGCUUAACAACAUCAGCAAACUCAACGAACAUUUCAGCAAGUUUGGAACCAUCGUCAACCUGCAGGUGGCCUACAACAACGACCCAGAGGGGGCCCUGAUCCAGUUUGCGUCUCCAGAUGAGGCGAAGCGCGCUAUGCAAAGCACAGAGGCCGUUCUCAACAACCGCUUCAUCAGGGUGCACUGGUUCCGUGAUGACGGGAGUGACGGCCAGUCCCACUCGCAGCAGAAUCCGCUUCAGCCAGCUAUGCAGCCCUCAGCCACAUCUCUGAAGCAGUCCGUCAAAGACCGCCUUGGGCCCCUGCUCUCUGCCAACUCUGAGCCCUCCCAGGAUUCCAGUGUAGCCUCUCAGAAUCCCUCGAAGGUGUCGGUGAAGGAUCGUUUGGGUCUGCCAUCGGCCAAACCAGCAGCUCCUGUUGAAAAAGUGUUUUCUACUUCCAUGGGCCUCACAAAGACGGUGUACAAUCCUGCUGCUCUGAAGGCAGUGCAGAAAACGUCAGAGGAGAACCUGAAGAAGAAACAGGAAGCUCUGAGACUCCAGCAGGAUGUGAGGAAGAAGAAGCAGGAGAUAUUGGAGAAGCACAUUGAAACCCAGAAGCUCCUGAUAUCCAAACUGGAGAAGAACAAAGCAAUGAAGGCCGACGAUAAAGCUAAGAUCAUGGAAACUUUGGGCAUGUUAACCAAAAGCAUCACCAAACUGCAGGAAGAGAUAAAGGGAAUCUCGAGCAGCAGCAACCUGCUCCGCACGGCCAAGAGCAAGACUCAGGCUCAGAAGGAACUGCUUGAUGCAGAGCUCGACCUCUUCAAGAAGACUCAGGCCGGAGAGGACACCGCGAUGUUGAAGCUCAAAUAUACGCAGCUGCAGAUAGAGGCGGCCAAAAGGGGUCUCCUGUCCCCCGGACGAGGUCGGGGGGUCCACACUCGAGGUCGUGGUGCUCUGAGAGCGCGGGGACGAGGCUCCAGAGGAAGGGGUAGAGGCGCGUCACUGCAUGCGGUCGUGGACCAUCGACCUCGGGCCCUGGUGAUUUGUGGUUUCACAGAAACAGACCAUGUUGACUUGCUGCCACACUUUGCUCAAUUUGGAGAGAUUGAAGAUUGUCAGAUUGGUGAAAGCGGCUCGUCUGCGGUCAUCACUUACAGGUCGAGAGCUGAAGCCGAACAGGCGGCUCUUCAUGGAGUGAGGUUCAACAACCAGACUUUAAACCUGGCCUGGCACAAAGCUGUGACGGCUCUCAAUGCUGCGGACGCUGAUGAUGCAGAACAAGAUGAUGACGAGUACCCUGAAGAGUCGCUGAGUGAUGAUGCGUUGCUGCAGGACGACGACGAAGAAGACGAUGACAACGAAUCUCGCUUCUGGCGCAGAUGAAGAUCAUCCAGACGCUCCUCCCUGACGUGGAAGAUAUUCAACAAUCCAGCAGAUUUAUAAGAUUUCAAAGCCGGUUUAUGAGACGAACACAGCUCAUUUCACUUUUUUUUUUGUGUAACUGGCAGAAGAACCUUGUGGAUUAAUUUUAACAGUUUAACAACGGUGAAUUUUUUUAAUGCUCUUAACGUAGAAAAAUGUUUUUUUUUCUGUUGUUUUGGUUUAUAAAACAUGAAUUGUUUGACAGCUAAUAUCUUACACACACAUUUGUUGACAUGUCAGUUUGAGAAACAGAACCUGUGUUGUAAUUGAACUGAACGAUAGGCUGUAGCUUUUGCAGAAUAGUAUUAGGUUGACUGGUUUAAACGCUCAUGUAAAUAUUUUAUGUCUGGGUUAAAACGAUUUGUAUGAAAGCUUGGCUUCUCAGUUCUUGGCUUUACUUUGGAUUGUAAAAAAAGAAUAAAGAGUUGAAAUGGUCUUAAAAAGAAUCCUGCCAAAAAAAGAAAAAAAAAGCAGAAAAGAAAAACAAAAAAGAAAACAUGUGGCAGAGACAAAAAAAAACAUCUUAAA